GUGAUUAGUGUUGAGGUAGUGUUGAGGUUGUGUUGAGGUUGUGGUAACACUACUGAGUGUGUCGUCAAAUGUAAUGCAAACACAAUUGCAAUCAUAUGUAGUGUUGAGUGAAUUAAUGAACGAUUGGUUUAAUGUUUUUAGCAUUUGAUGUGAAUUGUGUCUGAUAUCUGACCACAAUAUCAAAGUAUUGGAUCCAAUGAGUCACCAAAGAUUGAUGUCUUCGGAGUUGUACUCAUCAGACAAACCUCCGGCACCACCGGUGAGGUUGGCGUCGGCUCGUGAACUCACUGUUCCCGUCGAUAUGAGACCACUUCCUCGAGAGCCCGACAGAGACGAUGAGAAACGCAAAGCCAAGACAAAGACGACUAAAAAUAUGAAGAACUCAAGUCGUGGAUCAGAGAAGCCAGUGAUCAGUCCUCCGACCAAUUUUGAACAUACAGUUCACGUGGGCUUCGAUGCCAUCACCGGUGAGUUCACAGGAAUGCCUCCCAAUUGGGCACAACUUCUGCAGAACUCGAAUAUCUCGAAAACCGAGCAGAAGAAGAACCCACAGGCAGUCCUCGAUGUCCUCAAAUGGUAUGACUCGAGCGCUAAGGCCAAGGAUGAGAAGUACAUGACUAUCAAUCGUAAUCUGGAUACGAGUCCGCGUCCGAGUUAUUUAGCCGAACGGUUGGCCGCUUUGACCACAACGACCACCACUACAACUCUGGCGUCGUCUUCAAGUGCGAGUGUGUCUCCAAUACAUACCAAACUGAUUAUCAAUCACUGCUCCGCCGGCUCUACGGUCUCGUCGACCACUUCGGCGCUCUCCACUCCAGAUGACGAACUUAUAAACCAAUCGAGUGAUAAUCAAUUGUGCGAACCCUGUCCUCCACCCAUAGCCGCCAGACCCGAGAAAACCAAAUCUAUUUAUACAAAACCUGUUUGUGAAGUGAAAAAUGUUAAUAAAGACAUCGCUAACAAUAACAGUAAUAAUAAUUGUAUUAUUAGUAACACAAACAAUAACUUUAGUGUCGGGACCGCCGCUAACGCCACUCAACUCACGGCUCAACAAAUGAAACAAAAGAAAAAGAAAAUGAGUGACGAAGAGAUUAUUGAGAAAUUGCGGGGAAUUGUCACUAUCGGUGACCCGAACCGCAAGUUCACCAAAAUGGAGAAGAUUGGUCAGGGCGCCAGUGGCACCGUCUUCACCGCCAUCGAGAUACUCACCGGAAUGGAGGUCGCCAUCAAACAAAUGAAUCUAUCACAACAGCCCAAGAAGGAACUCAUCGUCAACGAGAUCUUAGUCAUGCGAGAGAACAAACACCCAAAUGUGGUCAACUAUUUGGACAGUUAUCUCGUGGGCGAAGAGUUGUGGGUUGUGAUGGAGUACUUGCCGGGGGGUUCGUUGACUGAUGUGGUCACCGAGACCUGUAUGGACGAGGGACAGAUCGCCGCCGUAUGUCGCGAAGUACUUCAGGCUUUAGAGUUUUUACACUACAAUCAUGUCAUUCAUCGCGACAUCAAAUCAGAUAAUAUUUUGCUAGGAAUGGAUGGCAGCGUUAAACUCACAGACUUUGGAUUUUGUGCUCAAAUAUCUCCCGAACAGAACAAACGGACAACAAUGGUUGGCACACCCUAUUGGAUGGCACCAGAGGUGGUCACUCGCAAACAGUACGGCCCCAAAGUGGACAUCUGGUCAUUAGGUAUAAUGGCUAUAGAGAUGAUUGAAGGCGAGCCCCCGUAUCUCAAUGAGAACCCUUUAAGAGCUCUGUACUUAAUCGCCACAAACGGAAAGCCAGAAAUCAAAGAGAAGGAGAAGUUAUCUCCACUGUUCCAAGACUUCCUCGACAAGUGCCUUGAAUGUGAUGUCGACAAAAGGUGGUCCGCAUCUGAGUUAUUAAAGCACCCAUUCUUGAAGUUAUGUCGACCGUUAACCACACUUCACGCACUGAUAGUGGCCGCCAGGGAUGCAACUAAAGGACAUUGAUUUGGACUCAUUUAUAGCUGAUUUGAUAACAACAGAGCCUUAUCAUAAAGUUAUCAAAAUAUGUAUCAAUAACUUAGUGUUACAUGAGAUGCAAUAUUUUUAUCUAAAAUAUUACGAAUUCAAUCAUUUAUUAAUUUCUCUAUUAUUUAUUAAUUGCACACAUUAUAGCAACAAAUAAAAUCUUUUUUGUGUAAAUACAGUACUCGGAUAUCUUGUGUCACAGAUUUCAGAUUAUAUGCC